CAAAUUAUCCCCGAACAUGGACAGAAUGGGAAAAAUUGUCUUUUAUGAGGACAAAAACUUUCAGGGACGUUCCUUUGAGUGCAGCAUGGACUGCCCAGAGUUGUCGUCCCACUUCAGCCGUUGUAACGCCAUUCAAGUCGAGAGUGGGGCCUGGGUUUUGUAUGAGCGUCCAAACUUCAUGGGCUGCCAGUACAUCCUAACCAGGGGAGAGUAUCCUGAUUACCAGAGCUGGAUGGGGUUCAAUGACUCUAUUAGGUCUUGCCGCAUGGUGCGAAAUCACACUGGCAUUUUCCGAAUCCGUCUGUAUGAGCGGCCUGACUUUCAGGGUCAGAUUAUGGAGUGCAGUGAAGACUGGCCCCAUGUCUAUGACCGCUUCCGUCACCGUGAGGUCCAGUCCUGUAACGUUUUGGGGGGAGCCUGGGUCUUCUUCGAGCAUCCUAACUACAGGGGACGUCAGUACUUGUUGGAGAGAGGCGAGUACCGCCGCUUCAGUGACUGGAAUGCCAUGAAUCCUACUGUCGGCUCCAUCCGCCUUGUUCAGGAGUUGUAGGU